UACAUCAGCUGAGCAGCACUGAAGAAGCUUAUUAUUGACUCCAAUAAAGAUAGAAAACAAAGACAGUGCGAGCUGACGUGAAGAGGUGAAUGAAAUUAGACUUUACAAAUGAUUUGGGAUCGAGCCGGACAACAACCAGGAGGAGACUGAACGCGUCUGGAGAAGUCACUCCUUUGAGAAACCCACGUGCCGCUGAUCUGCUGCUGCCUCAAGAUGGCAGGAGAUGAUCACAGAUAACUGGGGGGGAACAUUUUAAGUCUUCUGUCUCAUAUCGAGGCAAAAAACUCUUCUAUUGUGACUGAAAUCUCAGAAAACAGUUCCUCAUUUUACUAAUUAAGCAAAAAAAAAAAAAAAACACCAAAACACGAACAAUGGCUUCCUACAGCCCCGCCCCAACACAAGAGGAGACCAAUGGCGGCCCCCCAUCUGUGAAGUCUAAGGGCUCAGAGGAGUCCAUGAAGCUGAAGAAGGAGAUCUCCCUCCUGAACGGGGUCUGCCUCAUCGUAGGGAACAUGAUCGGCUCGGGGAUCUUCGUCUCACCCAAGGGCGUCCUCAUCCACAGCGGCUCUUAUGGCCUCUCUCUGGUUGUGUGGACCAUCGGAGGGAUCUUCUCCGUGUUCGGGGCCCUGUGCUACGCCGAGCUGGGGACCACCAUCACCAAGUCAGGGGCCUCCUACGCCUACAUCCUGGAGGCCUUCGGGGGUUUCAUGGCCUUCAUUCGCCUGUGGACGUCGCUGCUGAUCAUCGAGCCGACCAGCCAGGCAGUCAUAGCCAUCACGUUCUCCAACUACAUGGUGCAGCCCAUCUUCCCCACCUGCAUAGCUCCAUACGUGGCCAACAGGAUGCUGGCUGCCGCUUGCAUAUGUUUGCUGACCUUUGUGAACUGUGCCCAUGUCAAGUGGGGCACCAAGGUCCAGGACUUCUUCACCUACGCCAAAGUCAUCGCUCUCAUCGCCGUCAUCAUCACCGGCCUGGUGAAGAUCGGACAAGGUCACACACAGAACUUUGAUGGCCUGUUUGAAGGCUCGUCUCAGGAUCCGGGACACAUCGCUCUGGCUCUGUACUCUGCUCUGUUUUCCUACUCGGGAUGGGACACCCUCAACUUUGUCACAGAGGAGAUCAAGGACCCAGAGAGGAAUCUGCCGCUGGCCAUCGCUAUCUCCAUGCCCAUCGUCACCGUGAUCUACAUUCUGACCAACGUGGCGUACUACACCAUCCUCCCCAUGAACGCAAUCUUAGACAGUGAUGCUGUAGCUGUGACGUUUGCAGACCAGGUGUUCGGUGUCAUGAACUGGACCAUUCCCUUAGCUGUGGCUCUGUCCUGCUUCGGAGGACUCAACGCCUCCAUCCUCGCUUCCUCCAGGCUGUUCUUCGUGGGCUCCAGAGAGGGCCACCUGCCGGACUACCUGUGCAUGAUCCACGUCCACCGCUACACUCCCGUCCCCGCCCUGCUCUUCAACGGCAUCAUGGCUCUGAUAUACCUGUGUGUAGAAGACGUCUUCAGGCUGAUCAACUACUACAGCUUCAGCUACUGGUUCUUUGUUGGUCUGUCCAUAUUGGGGCAACUGUAUCUGCGCUGGAAGCAGCCGGACAGAAAGAGGCCACUAAAGCUCAGUCUCUUCUUCCCCAUCAUUUUCUGCCUGCUCACGGUCUUCCUGGUGGUGGUGCCGCUCUACAGUGACACCAUCAACUCACUGAUCGGCAUCGGCAUCGCCCUGUCAGGAGUGCCCGUCUACUUCCUCUGCAUCUACACUCCGGCCAACAAGAGGCCACGGCGGCUACGGAGCCUCAUCGCUAAAUCCGGCCUGCUGAUUCAGAAGGUGUGCUUCUCUGUUCUGACUGAGAUGGACAAGGUGGAGUAGAUGUUUGGUUUCAUCACCCUGCACCUGCACUCAUCGUGACCAGCCGCCUCCGCCGCAGCAAAGGCCUCGCUGGACUACACAUUUGGGCUUGAGCUGGACGCAGCUCUCAGACCUGUCAAUCAUCACCCGGUGAUCAUGUUAAUGAAUGUAUGAAUGAUGGCGCCCGGGUGCUUGUUGGCAAGAUUUCACUCUAGCUGACUGAGUCUUCAGAGGACAUUUUUAAUGCACUCCUGAAGAAAUCAACACCUCUUUUCUAUCACAGAACUGUACGUAUUAUUAGAGAAUUAUUUAAUUGAUAUAUCAAGACGAGUAUUUUGUGUGAAAUUACACACGUGUAACACCUUUUUGAUUUUAUUGGAAGGUUGCAAAUUAUUAUUCUGGUUAAAUUGUUUUAGUGGACGAGCGAGAAGCUUUGAAACUGAAAGAAUUGCUGACCAUAGAAGCAGCAUUGGUAUUACUAUUACUAUUAAUAUCAUUUUCACAUAGAAAAUCAACCAGUGACAGAGAUUAGAAUAUAAUAAAUUGUUUUCUCAUAUGUUCCCAAAGGGAAGCGUUCAUAAAUAGUUUUAUACAGUCAGCCGCAAGGUCUAGUGAAGGGCUAUUUCUUACACUAAUUUACUUUUUUUCUGCAGCGUCCGACUCAAAGACGGGCUGUUAAAUGUAAAAGACUGUGGGACGUUUAAGCUGAAAACAUGUAUUUAUAAUAAAAUUACUUAUUGAUAACAUAA